AUGGUGUCCUUCAACAAAUUCUUCGUCUCCGUCUUCUUGGCUGUAACCUAUGCAUCCAGCUCUUGGGCUGUUCCAUCUUUCUCUAGCCUGAAGCACACAACCCACAGAGUGCGCGAAUUGGCCAACAAUGUUCAACUGGAGGUCUUCAACCCACCCAGUACCUUUGAGGCAUACCAUCCUCUAUCCAAGCGUGCUGCAUUCAACCUUCAAGAUUCUGCCAAAGCCUUUAUUGGAUCUCAUCUAUCGGUGGACCCAAGCACUGUUGAAUUCCACUCCGGAUUCUCAGGUGACGUUGCCCACCAUGCCUUCUUGAAGCAGACACAUGCUGGGAUUCCUUUCGCAAACGCUGUUGCAAAUGUUGCUUUCAAUAAUGACAACAAGGUUGUCUCUGUUGGGUCAUCAUUUGUUAAACCAACAUCGAUUGCCUCGACGACGCCGUCAAUCACCGUCGAAGAUGCCAUUGCCACUGCUGAGAAAGCACUCAAUGGGAAAUUUAACGACUUCCCACCCUCUUUGGAAUUCUUUGUCAAGCCCGAUAAUAGUGUUGUUCUUACACACGUCGUCCAAAUUAGGAACGUGGAUGCUGGUGUUUGGGUUGAAGCCUUUGUUGACGCCCAUGCCAACGAGCUUGUGUCGAUUGUUGACUUUGUCACCAAGGCAUCCUACCGUGUGCUUCCCAUUCAGGAUGAAAUUCUUACACAGGGAUUUUCUGUCUUGACUGAUCCCGCUGAUCCUUUGGCUUCUCCUUUUGGAUGGCAUGCCACAGCCGCUGGUGGAGCUAACUCUACUGGAAACAAUGCUGUGGCCUUCAAGGGCUCUCAAAGCUCCGUUACCACACAGUCUUCCUCCCCACAGAAUUUCAUCUUCACUCAGAACCCCGCCAACGCCCCAACCACACAGGCCAACCUUGAUGCUGCUCGAACAAACGCGUUCUACGUCGUAAACACCGUUCAUGACGUAACCUACCGAUACGGAUUUACAGAAGCUGCUUUCAACUUCCAGACCAACAACAACGGAAAGGGUGGAAAGGGUAACGAUCGAGUGACCAUUUCCGUCCAGGAUUCAGCUGGAACAGACAAUGCCGAUUUCUCGACCCCUGCUGAUGGAACAUCUGGUGCCAUGAGGAUGUUCCUUUGGGAUCUUACCUCUCCUGAGAGAGACGGAGCUCUUGAGAAUGACAUUGUUAGCCACGAGAUGACACACGGUGUUACUAACAGAAUGACCGGAGGAGGAACUGGACGCUGCUUGCAGACCACUGAAGCUGGUGGUAUGGGUGAAGGAUGGUCGGACACCAUGGCUAACUGGCUUGAGAAGACCUCCGCUGCAGUUCCUGACUACGUGAUGGGACAAUAUGUGACUAACGAUCCAGCUGGAAUUCGCUCCCACCCAUACUCGACCUCCGCCACUGUCAACCCGCUUCGCUACUCCAGUCUCAAGACGCUCACAGAGGUCCACGAUAUUGGUGAAGUCUGGGCAAACCUUCUCUACCAAGUCUAUGCUGCCCUCGUUGGUGCCCACGGAUGGUCAGCAACUUCCCGCACCAACCCGGAUGGAACAGAAGGCAACAUCGUCUUCAUGCACCUUUUCAUUGACUCCCUCCCACUCCAGCCUUGCAACCCAACAUUUUUGACUGCUCGCAAUGCUUGGAUCCAGGCUGAUGUAAACAGGUUCGGAGGUGCCAACAAGUGCAUUCUUUGGAACGCCUUUGCCAGCCGUGGCCUCGGUGUUAAUGCCGCUAACCAUAAUGACGACACCACAGUCCCUGCAGGCUGCUAA